AUGAUUCAGCCUGGUCCCGAGGUCUUCCCACCACCUCCUGUUAUUCCUGCUUUUGUUGAUCCUAUUCUUCGAAGAAAUACGAUGGCCUUCUUGCAAAAUUACCUAAUGACAUGCGGAUCACACCGUUACAUACCCUUACAGAGAUUGAUGGGCUGUCUGUCUUAUGUUUCACCUGUUGUGCGUGCUGCUUUGCCUAACCUUAAGGCCCUUACUGUUUUUUUGCGACAAUACCCAGAGAUUUUCCAUAUAAAAGAUGGUAUGGUAGGAUUGACCAAACCACGGCGUAAUUUUCGACAAGUCUUUCAAUCGGAUACGGGGGACGGAAACGUUGCUACAGCUGAAGAUGGUACUGCUGAAACUCUUAAAGUGGAGGUUGUUAUUUCAAACUCCAAUGAUUUUGCCAACGUCAAAACUGUAACGCUGCCUGCUUCGGACUUUUCUGUAAUUCUCGUCCUUCGGCGCAUUUUGCGGCAAGCGGGUGAAGACGGACUUCAUGUUGCCCUUGUCAUCAAGCAAAUUAUUGAGUUCCCGUACAAUGUCCAAAAAAUUGUCGGCCUUACCCGAUUCGAGCUGCACUCUUUUGUUGAAAAAUACAGGGAAUUUUUUGACAUCCUACCAUUGCCAGUUGAUGGAAGCUCGACAAAUGGAGAGGACAAACAGGUCGAUUUGAAAACGUCCUGCAAAAUUCCCAAGAGCUUUUGCCUUCGAAUAAAUGCAAAUGCCCUGUACAUGCGCUCACGUAUACUGGAUAAUUCACCUACCCAAAAUGGAAGUGGAAAGGAUCCUUCAAGACUAAAACAGCACGUUGGUCGUGUCUUUCGUGUGGCUAAGUCUUGGGGAAUUAUUGAUCUUGGCAACCAUGUUCAUGUCUUCUUUGACAAGUCUAUUUUUCGGAAUGUUUCCGAUCUACAAAAGGUCUUUCAAGUAAGUGUUAUGGUAUCAAAAUAUUUUUCCCAUCCCCUAUUCACAUAA